GGAAGUCACAUGUUUUAGUUAAAUAAGAUAGAAAAGGUGAAAGGUCCACAGGUCGCUCAAGUCCGCGUGUUAAUAUAUUGCACUAGUAUGUUGAACGCUUGCGAACAAAAAUAAGGGAACUUGGAGAAAUGGAAGCCAGUGAUAAGAAUUUGCAAUCAAAAUGGCAUCUGGAGGGAAUGUGAACACAGACAUUAUGUCUGAUGAAACUUUUGAUCUUUUAUUUAGAGUUUGUAAACGUAAAGGCAAUAACAAAGAGGCAGAAAAAUACUGCGUAGAAUGCAAGGAUUAUUAUUGUUUAACCUGAGUGCAAGUUCAUGAGGAUGUUCCAUUACUAACAGGACAUAAGAUCCUCGAAAAAGAAUGGCUUUCGUCAGGAUCAAUGAAGUCGCGUCCUUCAGCGAAUCAUACAUCUCGUAAACCUCUUCCCGUGGCGCCCACCGAGUAAUGUGACAGACACACCAACCACUAUAUAGACAUGUACUGCCAAAACCAUGACGACGUUGGUUGUGGUACAUGUAUGGCUAUAGAUCACAGGUUGUGCAAGGAUAUAUUCUACUUACCAGAAUUUCUCCAGAUCAACACCUGUAACACCGCUACUAGAGAAAUUCAGCAAAAGCUAGAUUUAGUUGCCAAGGCUUUGACAGAGCACCAAGAAAAGUUCAAACGAGAAAGAGAACGGCUGUUGCAAAGCAAAACUGCAACUCUGAAAAACAUCAAGAAUUUUAGAAAGGAAAUCAAUGAUAGACUUGAUGAACUGGAGAAAAACACUGUAUCUGACAUUGAAGAUAAGUGCAAAGCCUUCAUAAAUGAAACUGAGGAGAGUAUCAGAAUAUUAGAGACAAGCAAAUCCAGCGUAAAAUCCGCUCGAGACAAGCUUGCAUCGACAGGUGACAACAAACUGCAAAACUUUGUAAAUAUCAAGAAAGGUAAAAACAUUGCUGGUAAUGCUGCUAAAUCAGUAAAAGCAAGCCAGUUACAAACACCAUUCAAAGACAUUGAUUUCACUGCCGAUCAUAGACUGGCUUCUUUAUUGGAAGAAAUAAAUGUUUUCGGCAAGCUGGAACAGAUGAAAGUCAUGAGAUCAGAAAACGUUGGUACCGUAAAUAUCUGUAAGAACGAGUCGUUACUCCAAGUGAAAGGCAGCACACAAUGUAGUGUUAAAGUUCGGUCAGAUAAUCGGGUAUGUAAAAUCAUCAGCGCCUGUACUCUGGUGGAUGGAACAAUAAUACUGUCUAAUCAAUAUAACAAAAAGCUGAAACGUUUAGACAGUUCGACAUAUACUGUCAUAGACUACUGUCACCUGCCUGGGGAACCAUGGCAAGUUUGUUCUAUCAACAAACAGCAAGCUGCUGUAUCUUUGCAAGCCAAGCGAGAAGUUCAGUUCAUUUCACUAUCAAGCAAAAUGGCAUUAACAAACAAAAUGAAAACUGGCUUUGAAUGUCGGGGUCUAUCAUACGCUGAUGGCAACCUGUACAUCUCAGACUAUUGUUUAUCAGUUUAUACAUACAGUUUAUCAGGGGAAAAGCUGAAGCAGUUCAGUAAAGACCAAUCAGGACAGAAACUGUUCUCUGAUAUUCGCAGUCUAGCUGUCAGUGAGGAUGGUUCCAACAUUUAUGUUGCUGACAGAAACAAUGGAUUGAUUAUACUGGAUAAUAACGGUACAGUUGUUGGAAGAUUUAAUGGCUCACAGUUAGAAGGUGCCAAAGGUUGUUAUCUUACAGGUAGAGGGAGCCUUCUUGUGUGUGGAUGUGACUCCGACAAUGUACUACAGUUUCGACUGAAUGGUAAUCUGAUAGGUGAGGUUGUGAAAUUUGAUGAUAUAUUUGCUAGUUAUCAGGCAAUAUGCUGCAAUCAGCAAAUGUCAAAGAUGAUUAUAGGCACAGACAGGAAUGAAAUUGAAGUAUAUGAUUUGAUAUAAAGUAUGUAGUAACUUUGUAUAAAUCAUACUGCUGAUUUGAAUGACUUUCACGAAUGAUGAUUACAAGUUUAGAUUUUACCAUUAUUCUACUGAAAAAAUGAGCAAAUUUUACAAAUAUUCCAAUUAUGAGUAGAUCUAUCACUAUUAUGUAUGGUUGAUGUCAUACUGCUGAAUAUGACACUAACUUCCUACUGUACCAGUUAAGAGCGCCAAUAUUGUAUCUCUUUUGAUAUCAUACUUUUAAUAAUCAAAUACAGAGUUGAUCAAUAUUGCAAUUACAAAAAAAUAUGUUUUACAUUACUGAGCACUUAUAAAUAAAUGUACAUGAAUUUUGUAUUUUGUAAGUUUUUUUUUUUCAUAUGUUGACAUUGUAAAUAUUUGUACAUAAACAUGCCUUUUAUCAAUCUACAAUACAAUGAAAACGAUGAACAUAUACUAACUUUCAAUAUUAAAGCUACUCGAGCACAGUUUGGGUGAAAAUUUUCAAUAUUUUCUUGUCACUAAAACGUUAAAAUAGUAAUGCAUAAAAAGGAAAAUCUUAGAACUUCCCUCUUUUAUGAACCUUAAUGAGAUAAAAUGUCAUACUUCAAAAUUAGCAAAGGCGAAAAAGUGCAUAGCAUUAUGAAAUAACAAAAAAGUUAUAGGAUCUGUGUACUGUUUAUCUCAACAUCAAAAUAAAAGUCAGUGUGUGCCAUAAGAGAUUUCAGAUAACAAAACUUAGCAAUGAGUUGCUUCGCCCAAAGUACAAUAGCGUGAAUGUUAACAAAGUGUAAAACGACUAUUUUAUUCCUGAUAAUUGUCUUAAAGUUAUAGCAUAUGCAUCUGACCGUAUUAAUUGUUUUGUUAUGAAAUUUGGAAAGUGUCUCACUUUUUUAAUCAUUGUAAAAGGUAACACUAAGAUACAGCUAAUCAAAUGCAGAUUUUAUUGAUAAGAUCUGAUAGAAUACAAAGACAUUUGUUCUUGGAUCAUUCUUGUUAUCUACAACUGAAGGCGUACCCCUGAAACCUCGCAAAGUUUAUGUUUAAAAGUUGAAGGCAAUGUCAAGGCUAAAACAAUAUCAGAGUUGACCUGAACUUUUCCAAUAAAAAACUAUUAACUUCCUUUACUCGAAAAGUGCGGUUUACCGAUGUUUUGAUAUCUAUUUUUGGUAUAUCUAUGCCAUUUUGAAAUUAAAGUCAACUGAAGCAAUCCUGAAUGACAGAUAAGUUAACUUUUCAUUUUCUGUAGGUACGUGUAUGUGUAGAGGAUCAGUUGAAUUUAUUAACUGGAAAUCGGAAAACUAAGUGAAAGAGAAAAGCCAAAAAAAUAAAAAACUGUCUGUAUAGUUUGGAUUUUUAAUUUCUUUUUAUGUUAUGGACAGUUAAAGGUUUUUGUCUGAUUAAAACAUGGUCCUCAAGAUUUUGUUGAAUUUCUUGCUGGGUUUAACAUCGCACCGAAACCGUUAUAGGUCUUUAUAAGUAGAACCACUUAUCUUCUAUAAGCAAUCUAGAUGGCUCACAUCUAAAUACAUUUAUUAACGGAUCAUAUAUGUCUUUAUCUUUUAAACGCAGUUUAGAAUGAAAGAUUAAAAACAUUGAAAAUAUUGUAAUUCAACAGCAUUUUUAAGUAAAACUGCAUUCCCUUUGACACAAAUUACGUAUUUCGUGUACAUACACUUCUGAUAUUCGAGAUGGUGCAAAUAAACAUAUUACAUUUAGUUUUACCUUAUACGAUCAUUUUCUGUAGGGUUAACGCACGUUUCUUUGUGUAACAACAUCUGCAGAAUCCCAAGGGAUUGGUUGGUGCAAGAGCCCGAGGGAUUCAGCCGAUGUUGUUUAACGAAACAAACAUGUGUUAUCGCUAUUCUUGCAUAAAACACAACUAAAGUGCUGGAAAUAUCGAAAAAACACGACUAUUCAGCUGACAUUAGCCGAUCGAAGUCGGCCGUUUCAGGUUGUUAUGGACACAUGUUUUAUUUAUGCAUUUCCAGGGCCUACAGAAACAUAUCAUAUUUUGUACAUGUCGAACGGACAUUCUUGA